AAUUCUUUUAUGUUUCUCUCUAGGUGGCCAGUGUUUUAACCAACGCCGCAUUUCUAGCUUUUGCUGAUUACAGGACUUACGGUUGAAUUUCUGUUCAAUUACCGUGUGAAGCACCAUGUCUGCAAUUUCCGCAUUGAAUCCCAAAGCCGAAGUUGCCAGGGCAACGCAAUCGCUUGCCAUUAAUAUUUCGGCUGCGAAAAGUAUCCAGGAAAUCAUGAAAACCAAUCUUGGUCCGAAGGGCACAAUGAAAAUGCUUGUCUCUGGAGCUGGAGACAUCAAAAUAACGAAAGACGGAAAUAUAUUGCUGCAUGAAAUGCAAAUUCAACAUCCAACGGCAUCGCUGAUAGCGCGUGCGUCAACAGCUCAGGAUGACAUUACUGGAGAUGGCACUACAUCCACCGUACUUCUGAUUGGCGAAAUGCUGAAGCAGGCUGAUAGCUACAUUGCCGAGGGUCUGCACCCACGUGUUGUGUCAGAAGGGUUUGAGAUCGCGCGGAAGAAGUGCCUUGAGUACAUGGAGGUACUGAAGCUCACGAAUCCAAACAUGGACAAAGCAACUCUUUUAGACGUGGCUCGAUCUUCAUUGAGGACAAAAGUUGAACAAGACUUGGCCGAUAAGCUUGCCGACAUCUGUGUGGACGCGGUUCUUACGAUUCGUCGUAGUGGUGGUGGAGAUUCUAUGGUGAAUGAUUUUGAUUUACACAUGAUCGAAAUCAUGGAGAUGCAACACAAAAGCGACGAUGAAACUCAACUCGUCCGUGGACUCGUGAUGGAUCACGGCGGACGGCAUCCAGACAUGAAGAAGCGCGUUGAAAACGCUUUCAUUCUCACCUGCAAUGUGUCUCUAGAAUACGAGAAAAGCGAAGUGAACGCCGGAUUUUUCUACAAAUCUGCGGAGGAGCGGGAGAACCUCGUGAAAGCGGAAAGAGAUUUCACGGACCAGCGCGUCAGGAAGAUAAUCGAGUUGAAGAAAAAGGUCUUGGCCAUGCCCGGGAAUGAGAAGAAGGGAUUUGUUGUCAUAAAUCAGAAGGGCAUUGAUCCCCUGUCUCUGGACAUGUUGGCCAAGGAAGGGAUUCUUGCUCUUCGUCGCGCUAAACGCCGAAACAUGGAACGCAUUCCUCUCGCCUGCGGUGGCGUCGCGUUGAACUCCUUCGACGAAAUAAGUGUUGAUGAUUUGGGAUACGCGGGAGUUGUCUACGAACACGUUCUUGGUGAAAAUAAAUAUACGUUCAUCGAAGAGCUUCAGAAUCCGAAAUCUGUCACUAUUCUGGUGAAAGGGCCGACGAAGUAUGUCAUCAAUCAAAUCAAAGAUGCGUUGAGAGAUGGCUUGAGAGCAAUCAAAAAUGCGUUGGAUGACGGUUGUGUUCUGCCAGGUGCUGGUGCAUUUGAAAUAGGAGCUCAUCGAUAUCUGCUGAACUGCAUCAAUGAGGUGAAGGGAAGGUCGCGUUUGGGUUAUCAGGCAUUCGCUGAUGCCCUUCUCGUCAUCCCGAAGACCCUUGCUGGCAAUGCUGGGUACGACGUCCAAGAUACGAUUGUGAAGCUGCAGGAAACCAUGGGAGACGAUCCUAAGAAGGCUGUGGGCGUGAAUUUGGACUCCGGUGAGCCAAUAGUCGCUCAAAAUGAAGGCAUUCUUGACAAUUUCUGCGUGAAGAAGCAGUUGAUUGAUGCCGCGGCACUGAUCGCCAGCAACCUUUUGCUUGUCGACGAAAUCAUGCCGGACGUUGAAGUAGCUCUUCUGGACUGGCUCCUGGUGGAGAUUCGUCGACAGACACCUGGUCUUCAACUAUCGAUAAAGCGCACUUCAUUGCCUGGGUCUUCUUACGGGAUUUACUGCAGCGCAACUUAUGACCUGCUUCUCCAAUGUGCUGAUAAGUUACACGUGAUGAAACCCUUGUUGCCUUCUAUGGGUGGCGGUACGAAGGAGUUUUCUUACUCCGAAGCAGAGUAUUUUAUUGGCGUUCAAGACGAGGGAACCUUUCUGACCUCUCAGGAGCGACAGGCGUUUAUUCUGGACUUGCUCAACAACGUACGGUUUGAUCCUGGCCGUCCUUCCCCUUUUCCCUAUCAUAGCAUUCGGUGGCAUGAGGGACAACCGAUGAUACCUAAAUUGUUGGCGAAGAGUUUAAUCAGGGAUAUUGUUCCGAUGCAUGAGGAAUUCCUUUUGUUUUCUUUGAGGCGUCGGUGGGUGCAGUCUUUCCUCGCCCCGCAACCGUUGGGCAAGUGUUUUCUCAUUGUUGGAUGA